AUGUCCAAGAUUGUCAAAACUGGCGAUACAUAUCACGUCGAAGGACGUCCGCGAGAGAACUUUAAGAUUGUGAAUGUCUACCAUCCAUCCAAUAUUCCGGGGAAAGCCGUCGUCAUCGUUUCGAUCGAUAUGGUCCCUAAUGCAGCAACUCCUCCGCAUACGCACUCGGGUGCAGCAGCCAUUGCGAUGGUGAUCGAUGGUGUUGUGUUGAAUCAAAUGAACUGCGACGAUCCCAUUAUCUCUCAAAAGGGAGAUAUGUGGUAUGAAGCUCCAGGAUGUCAUCACGUUCGAUCGGAAAACAAUGGAUUGGAGAACGCUAAGUUCCUGGCGGUUCUCAUUAUUGACGAUGAAGUUAUCAAGGACGGGUUUCACAAUAUCGUUGUUUUGGAUGCAGAGAAGGAUAAAAUUGCCGCGUGA